AUGGACGAAAUUGAAAAAGAAAAGAUAGCGGCCCUUCCUUCGCAAUUACUUGUAACGACAAUAUGCCACCCAAUGGAAUAUGCAAAAGUUCUUAUUCAGCUUGGAUACGAGCCAUUGCCACCGCGCCGAUCUACUACUCUCUUUGGGCGUCCUGCUAUGAUAUUACCUAAUGUCUUUCAAUAUAUUAAAUUUAUUAAAGCUUCAGACGGCUUCUUUGGUUGCUACAGAGGUCUAUCGGCACGAAUUCUUGGACUCAUAGCUUCCAGUCAACUGACUUCGAAGGUAAUCAACGCAUGUGGCAUUGACUUGGAGGAAAUUAAUGAUCCUCCCAAUAUCGUUACUGAUGAAGAACCGAAGAUGGAAGACUAUAUCAAACUUGGUCGUCGUGAUAUGAUAAUGCACACUGCUUCAGUUGUAGUUUCAUACCCAUUCCAUGUAGUGUCAAUCAGAAUGAUGGCCUCGUUUAUUGGAAAAGAGGAAGAGUACAGUACAUUAUUGGGCGCCAUUGUGUCAAUCUACAGGGAUGAUGGAUUAUUGGGUUUCUUUCAUGGUAUAAUUCCUAAGCUGCUAGGAGAUUUGACAUGUGUAGCAGUCACAGGAGUUUUGGCAUACUAUGUCAACAAAUAUUUGGUGAAAACAAAAGACCUUCGUUACUAUACCGUUCCAUUACUAACAUUUGUUACAAGCACUGUGACAUACCCCUUGGUUGUGGUCUCUACAUGUAUGGCUGUUGCCGGAUCAAGUCUUAAAGCAGGCAACCCUCCUGCUAUGCCUAAACAUCCAUCGUGGCAAGCUUGUUGGAGAGAUUUGCUGAGAAAUAAGCAACAUAAACGUGGUUCCUCAUUAAUCUUUAGGUACUACAUUGCUCCUAUUUCAGCAAUGCAGUAA